UUAGUAGCAACAUACACCAAACCCCUACGGCUCUGAUUUCUUGAUCCGAUUUCUUCUCAGUUUUCGGGAUUUACCCUUGUUUUUUGGUGAAACCGACACUCGGUCUUCUAAGACGGAUAUUGGAGUGAGUGGUCAGGAUAUAAAGUAAAGAUCCACAUCCCAAUCGUCCAUCCAAUCGACAAUUCAUUGGAAGAAGAAGAGGAGGAGGAGCGACUUGCUAUGAUUCAGGAAGUCAGUACAGCCACAUAAAAUGGUGAGGGAGCCGCUCCUUGACCGCGAAUCAGGUCCUCAACAGCCAUCUUUUCCGUCGUUCCUCGCCAAAUAUUUGUACUCGGGCCACUUCUUGGCCAGAUGGGGUGCCAGGAUGUGGGAAUUCUCGGUAGGUUUGUAUAUGAUCAGUAUUUGGCCAGACUCUUUGCUAUUAGCUGCUGUCUAUGGAGUGGUAGAAUCUGGCUCCAUUGCCUUGCUUGGUCCAACCAUUGGAGAGUGGGUAGAUAAGUUGAGUUAUGUCAAGGUUCUACAACUCUGGCUCAUGACACAAAACUUCUCGUUCGUGGUGGCCGGAGCCACAGUCUUUGGUAUGCUGGCCUAUCCAGAUCUGAAAUCCACAAAUUCUGGAUUGUUCAUUGUGCUCGUCAUCAUGACCAAUGUUUCGGGAGCUAUGGGCAUGCUUUCUACUCUGGCUGGAACAAUUUUGAUUGAAAGAGAAUGGGUGGUGGUGAUGUCAGAAGGCCAACCUCUGGGGCUUCUGACCCAGAUGAACUCGGUCAUCAGAAGGAUCGAUCUGAUCUGCAAAUUAUUUGCUCCGGUUGUUUCCGGCUUCAUAAUCAGCUUUGUUUCGCUAAGAGUAUCUGCUAUGACUUUAGCCGUCUUGAACACAACAUGUGUUUGGCUGGAGUACUGGUUUUUCAUGUCUGUAUAUAGCGGGAUUCCGGCUCUUGUUGAGAGAAACCUGAGAAGAACCUCGAGACCUUCUCCGGUUGAUCUGUUAGAGAGGUCACUGAUUCAAAAUGAUGAUCCAGGAUCAGCAGAGAGCAGCCAAAAGCAGAAUUUCAGGGAGAAAAUUUCAAAGAUUCCCUUCGUUGGUGCUUGGAAAGUGUAUUUAGAGCAAGAAGUAGUGCUUCCUGGAGUAUCACUAGCUUUGUUGUAUUUUACAGUCCUCAGCUUUGGAAGUUUGAUGACCGCUACAUUGGAGUGGGAAGGUAUACCUGCAUUUGUCAUCGGAAUAGCACGCGGCAUAAGUGCAACAAUUGGCAUUGCAGCCACUGUGGUUUAUCCAUUCUUACAAUCCCGCAUUUCUACACUAAGAACAGGGCUCUGGUCUGUUUGGUCCCAAUGGAUCUUCCUGCUUCUAUGUGUUGGCUCAAUUUGGAUUCAAAACGGCUUGGUAGCUGCCUACAUGCUGAUGGCAGGAGUGGCGACAUCUCGACUGGGACUGUGGAUGUUCGAUUUAGCUGUUAUUCAACAGAUGCAGGAUGAGGUACCAGAAUCCGACCGGUGCGUCAUUGGAGGCGUUCAGAACUCACUCCAGUCCAUUCUGGAUAUGAUGGCUUAUGUUAUGGGAAUAUUCAUCUCGAACCCACAGGACUUCUGGAAGUUGAUGCUGUUAUCUUUUCUGGCGGUUACAAUGUCGGCGAUUCUGUAUACUUCACAUGUUUAUCGCGUCCGUAAGCAUCUCAUUCAUUUUGAAAAGAUCAUUCCGCUGGGCAGGUGGUUGAUGAGACGACCUUCGGAUGAUUGUCGGAGUUGAAGCGCGUGUGAGCAAUUUCUUAUGUAUUUUGUACUGUUUUAGGAUAAUCUGCAAGAACCUAUAGAACUGGAUCACGGGUGACAAUCCUCUGCAGUCACAUAAAUAUAGCAAUUUCAACUCUCGUACAUGAAUUGCUGCU